AUGGCCGACUUUGAUAGGAACGUACUGGAGUUUUACCAGCUGUCUACCCCCUUUCCCACCGAAUGGCCGGCCGAGAAGGAUAAGAGCGAUGACUCGGAUAGCGAACAGGAGCAGCUGAAAAAGCAAAAAAUAAAUCGUAGAAAGUCGCGAUAUCAAGCGUUGGAACGAGCUGUCAGCAAUAGGACUAGUAUCGUCCAGGGAUCCGAGAAGUCGCCAAAUGGAGUGAGCAACUUGGUACAGAAAGACGAGCCCGACCCGUUAGGGACAUCAGACAGCGUCGUUAGGUCAUUGAAACAAUUGGGAGUGCCGGUCCAAGAUGAUGUCCGUCUACGCAAUCGGUUCCUCUUGUCCUCCACAAGUUUCUCCCCUGCUCUAUUCCUAUCCCAGAUGCAUGCCACCGCCGAUACUCAAUCCCUCCUAAACGGUCUCGACGUCCUAUCCAAGUCUAUCGACCAGAAAUCCGCAUCCCUCAAGGUUUUGGUAGAAUCUAAUUUUGAGAGAUUCGUACGAGCCAAGGCUACCAUCGACAAUGUCUACAAAGAAAUGAAAUACAGGGGCGUCGAACCCCCAUCACUGAACCGCGCUCGGAGACACUCGCGACAAGCUAGUAGAAGUAGCUUCAGGAACAGCAGUGGCGGUGCGGCUCUGGGAACGAACCCGCUAGUAACUCCUCUACCCGAUACUCGGAAGAAGAAUGCGCUCGUUAAAGAAAGCGAUUAUGGAGUUAUGGGUAUAAAAACGCCUCUAUUAGACGUGGCAGCCAAGGCCGAAGAUGUCUGGGGUCCCGCGCUCGGUGGCCGAGAGAAAGAAGAGAACCUGAAGACCGUUUCAAGUUCGCUCGAUCGAUACAAGGAGUACAUCGAGGCUAGUUCUAACAUUGCGGAUAGUAUUAAGAGAAAAGAUUACGAGGCCCUGGUGGAGGAGUAUACCCGCGCUCGAAGAUUUGCGGACGAGGCCCGUAAACUCGUCGAGGAGCUAGGUUCUACCCCGCCAAGCGAGACCGAGGCGUACCAGAUUCUUCUUGCAGCUCGAAUGUGGUACGAUGUUGGUGAGCAAAUUCAACUAUUCAAGCGCGAACUAUGGAGGAAGCUUACGUCGCUUCAUAAUGCGUCAAGAACGGACACUUUGGUUGCGCAACCGCAAGAUCAACAUAUGGAAUUAAUAAGCUUGUUACUAGAGCUUGGCGUCGAUGAUAACCCGAUCUGGGUAUGGCUUUUGAGCAAGUACGAUUAUCUUAAGGGGAAAAUCUCGUCUCUGGGAGAACGAGCCAAGGUCGAAAUUGAAGUGCUUCGACGCCGUCUUGCAAACGGUGAAAAGCCACCGCCGCAGAUGAUGGCUACACAUUUAAGGAAUCUUGGUCGGCUCUCAGUUGAGGGUAAAGCCAACGGGCUAGAUUCUUCUGAUGUUAUCGAAUUGUGGGAGAAGAUGUUGGCCUUCUUAUCGAGCCUCUUAUCUAGUCAAGGUGUAUUAGGGGAGGUUAUAGAAUUCUGGCAAACUGUUGAAGGAUUUAUUGAUGGGAAGGCUCAAAAGGCCUUGCCCACGGGUUACAAUGGAGAGUCUCGGGACCACCAUAGACUUUCCCAGCAGGGAACUGUGGAUCUGCAAAAAGGUACCAUCGAACUAGUUGAUAUGAUCCGUGGGCAUGUCUUCGAGUUCUUUGCAGGUGCUCCCCCUGAGGAUGUCUCACUACUCUUUUCCCCACUACCACCUUCACCCGGGACGCCCGGGUCUGCAGGGUUAAGCAAUACGAGAGACCCUCGUUUUAACUUCGAUGCGAACAACCUCCCUCCCCCAUCUCCUAAAACGGGAGAGGCGUGGGAGAAAUUCGCAUUUUGGCCCCCGACAUCAAAUUCAGUCAGCGGUGUUCAUUACCUCUCCAGGAUGCUUAACUUGGUCGGUUCUGGGGCGUCUGAGAUGGCAAGUAUAGCGCCUGUCAGGCAAGGCGACGCAAAGCAGUUGGAGAUGCUGAAGACUUUGGUCGGUGCUGCACGAGAGAGAUGUGUCACUGCCCUAUGUGCUGCUUGGAACAAAGAUGCCGAGAACAUUAAGUAUGUCGAGGACUGGAAGCGUUCCAAAGAGAUGGGAGAUAUCACACGCAUGCCAACGAGCUUCGCCUCCUUCGAAGGUGCGCUUCUCUCUGGGAUGCAGAAAAUCCUCUAUAUCCCGGAGGCGAUGGCCAAACCCGGCUCGGGGGAUAUUGUCUCUGCGCCGACGUCGAAACUGCUUCAGAUGGUGAGGAGUCAGUAUGUUACGACGCUUUAUAAAGCACUUAGCGGAAUGGUAGAAAAUGCAGAGCGUGCGAUUAAGAAAACUGAUGACGAAUGGACUACUGAUGCGGAUCUGACCGUGAGGUCUGGGAGCGACAGGGUGUCUCUGAGUCUCGGCUCAGAGACUGUUGACCCUGGAGACAGAAACGUCCGUAUGCUCUUAACCCUGGGCAAUCUCCACGCUUUGCGCACCAAAGUAGUGCCCAACUUAAAUAGCCAGUUUGAGAAUGCCUUCUCCGUCAAGCUUACAGAUGAAUCCAAGACUAUCAAGGACGUACUUGGUCAGAUCGACGCUCGCCUAUUCCAGUCCUUCACCCGUCCAUCUCUCGAGAGCUUACGCAAGAUCAUCCGCGCCGGGCUUUCGGAUCCUAAAUGGGCACCUCCCAAACCCACGGAAGUCAAACCAUACGUGUACGAAGCUCUUCUCACCCUAGUCCUCGUGCACACGCAGGUGUCCACCACAGCGCCGAGCAUGACGCACCAGGUGCUCUCGUACCUCCUCGAGCAGGUCAGCCGAGAGCUGCUGGAGUCGCUCAAGGCGCGGCCGCGGUUCGACCUCGGCGCGCUCAUGCAGGCGACGCUCGACGUCGAGUUCUUCGCGCAGACGCUGAGCCAGUACACGACGGAGCGCGCGUCCGCCAUCCAGGGCGAGAUCUACACCAUGCUCGACUCCAAGACGGACAACCAGGCCCGCGCCCGCCUCCAGGACGAGCUCCCCGGCAUGCGGGAGGUCCUCAAGAAGCUACGGGAGCACAGCCGCGCCCAGUUCGCGUGCUUUAAGAGGCCGCGCAGGGCGGCGCCCGGUCAGGGGUCUGUGUCUUUGACUGCUGCUGGGGGCGUGGGCGUGGUCCCCGGGAUCGAGAGGACGGCUACGGGGUAG